AUGGACCAUGUGUGGAAGAAUUGCACAGUAGAAGAGAUCAGCCCUCACCUCACUACAACCUCCUUUCAGGUAGUUGUAGAGAGCGAUGAGAUCCCCAGUGAGGGCACCGGAACUGAACACAGCAAUCGAGGUUUGGCCUCACCAGUGCCUAGUACAGUGGAUGAUCACUGCCGUAGACCUGCUAGGACACUUGGGCUUUCAUUGCCCCAUGCUUAUGCAACGCGAAUCAAUGGUGCUGAAGUGUUCUUUCAUCUGGAACCACCUCCUCCUUAUGAAGAUGUGCAGAGCUCGAACACCUCUGAGCAGGGAGGUGCACUAAAAGUAAACGUCAUGAACUGUGUUGAUUCAGCAGAAGUGAGUGAAGGGCAGGACUCUCAAGGUGAUGGCACUUGCCCAGGAGGCCAUGCCAUUGAGAGUCCAUGUGUUACCUUUCAACUGGCAUCCUGGAGAGCUGUGAGGAUCUGACUACUUUCACCACAGAUGAAGAUCAGCUAGCAGAGAGGAGGAUCUAAGGAGCAGAACAUGAAUGGCCUCACUGGGAAACUGUACCUAAAGUACUGUUUAAAACUGGUUUCUGGUUAUUCCUGAGCAGAGCACUUCUGUCAGACAUAUACAUACUGCACAGGAAAAUCAUGUCUGACAAGGGGUGGAAAAGUGUGUCAAUAAUCUUACUUACUUUUUUAAUACUCUGAUACACAGACAAAGCGUAUUAAGCAGAUUGCAAGCUGACCUUUACUAGGCUCUCAGUUGCAUAGUGUGAUACGCUGCUGUCCUGUUGCAUCUCUUUGAAGUUUGGUAACAUGCAGUUUUGAGGUAUACAUCAUUCUUGUGGAAGGAGUUGUCAAAAGCAGUAUCAAAGAACUUUGCUUAUUAUCAGUACUUUUGUUUUUAUUAAAAACUCCAGUGACAAAAGUAGACCUCAAGAUACUAUGUAAGUUAGUAAAAAAAAUUGU